AGCGUCUAACUGAUCUACACAUUAAUCAAUGACGUAUUUAACACAGACACUUGUAAUUUGAGAUACUUUGAAGUACUUUAACUUAGGAGAGGUGUUAUAAAAGUAUGGUAUCCAAAUUUUAAACAAGCCAGAUAGUUCUGAUUGCCAAGAGAACAAAUAAGUGUUUCCCAAUUUCUCGAAAUGUCAUUGUUGGGGAGGAACAGCUUUGUUAGAUCAUGUAUACCUGUUUUGAUAGGGAUUUGCAUGGGUAUAGCCCUUAAUAUGAUGGUGGCACCAUUUCUUGAUGAUCUCUGUGAUCCCAUAGAUACAAAAGAUACAGAAAGUUUAAUUAAAUUACGAGAAACAAAGAUGAUCCAUGAGUUAGAUACUAAAAACAAGGACCAAGAACCAGGAAAAGGUGAAGCGAAUGACCAAGAGACUGAAUCAGACGGGAAUGAUUUCUACAUUCAUGAGCAAAAAUAUCAGCGUGAAGAAAUAAAAGAUGGUAAAAAAUUUGUUCGUCCAAGAUUUGCGUCAACUGAACUUGGUAUAAAAGAAAAGCUGUUUGUUGGAGUACUGUCAACUCCUCACACAGUCAAUUCAUUUGGAAUGGCACUGAAUAAAACAUUUGCACACUAUGUCACAAAAACAGUUUUCUUUACAAAUGGUAAAAGUGGAAUGCCUCCCCCUGGGAUGCAAGUCAUUAGUUUUCCUGAUCAGGACAAUAAGAAACUACCAAUACAUGCACUUAAAUACAUAAAGGAACAUUAUGCAAGUACAUUUGAUUACUACUUGUUCAUCACUGAUCGUACUUAUAUAAGAGGAGAAAAACUUUAUGAACUUGUUGGUCACAUCAGUAUCAGUGAAGAGGUACAUAUGGGAGCCAUAUUACAUAGAGGUGACCAAGGAGACAUGUGUACACUUGAUGGUGGUAUUAUUCUUUCACAGAGUGUUUUGUCAAAAGUAUAUCCUAAAAUAGAUUCCUGUUUCUUGAAGUCAGAACAGAACCCAAGCCAAGCAUUUGAAGCUUGCAUUUUACAAACUGCCAAUUCAAAGUGUUCAGAGAAAGGAGGGGAUAAAACCUUUCGAUCUUAUAAAGUAGAUGAUUUUGAAUUCGAAGAUGACAUUCCAAGUUUACGUAACGAUGCCAUGUUUAACAGUUCAUUCUCUAUAUAUCCAAUGCCAGAUGAUAUAUCUCUGUAUAAAAUACAUAGAUAUUUUUGUCAGUUGGAAAUCAACCUUACUCGUCAAGAAAUACAGAAAGCCAAGGACAGUAUAAUUGGUUUGAGUGAAUUUGCACCAGGUGGAAAAGCUUCUCUUCAGUGGCCAAUAGGUGUGCCUGAAGCAUUUAAACCAAACACCAGAUUUGAUGUAGUACAGUGGUCCUACUUCACAGAUACACAUAUAUAUUUUGAUGAUGACUUUACCAACAUUAGACCAUUGCAAGGAGCUGACAAACUAGAUAUACAAGAAAUUCAGCAGAUUGCUUUUGAGAGAUUAAUCAGUAUUUAUGGUGACAAAUUCAAACAGUUCAAACUUAUAAACGGAUACAGAAGAUUUGAGCCUUCGAGAGGCAUGGAAUACACAUUAGAUUUAGAGCUAUAUGGGAAACAUAGACAUGAAAAGACAGAACAGAAACGAGUUCAUUUACUCCGUCCUUUAGGUAAAGUGGAAAUUGUCCCAAUGCCUUACGUGACAGAAAAUUCACAAAUACAUUUAAUCCUGCCUGUGUAUGAAAGUGAGAUGGGAGAUUUUGGGAAUUUUAUGGAAGGAUUUGCAAAGACAGUGUUAGAAACCAGUGAUAAUUCCUAUCUUUAUGUUAUAUUUGUGUAUGAGAAAAAGGAGGGAAAAAGUGGUGAUCCUUUUGCUGUUCCCAAAACUGUAAUAGAUUACCAUCUGAAUAACCACCCUAGUAGGAAGGGAACUAUCACAUGGAAGAUAUUAGAGACUUCUGAUAAGUCAGAAAUAGGUCUACUGGACUAUGUUGUCAGAGAUUUACAAUCGGGAGAUCUAGUCAGUGUUUGUAGUAUUGGGAUGGAAAUGGACAUUGACUACCUGAACAGAGUCCGUAUGAAUACCAUACCAAAUGUUCAAGUCUUCUUCCCAAUAAGUUUCUGGCAAUAUAAACAAAAUAUGGUGUAUCAAAAGCCCCCCUAUCCACCUGGUGUUGAGCUUGGUCAGAGAUAUGGUCAUUUUGAUGUGGAUUCUUAUGAACACAGCUCAUUUUACAUGUCGGACUAUAUGAACAGUAGGAAACAUGUGUCACCAAGUGAUUCAAAGAAAACUUCAUUGAUAGACUUAUUCUUAAAGGUUCAAAGUCUCCAUGUCUUCAGAGCUGCUGAACCCUCUCUCAGAAUUCGUUGGAAAUUACUUGAUUGUCCAGUUAAAGAUGAUGAUAAGUUACGCUGUAAUAAAAGAAAAUCAGAAAGUUUAGCUAGCCGUUCACAGCUUGCAAAAGCAGUGUUUGAUUACGCUGAAAAGAAACAUUUAUCUGUAGAAGAGGUUGUCAUAUCAGCCAAACAGCUUACAGAUACCAUCCGUUAACAAUCUACUUUUUAUUAAUCAAUAUAUUUUGUUUCUUUCAUGUUAUGAACAUGAGUAUAAUAAGAUGUACAUUUUCAAUCAUCAUGAUCAUGAAACUUCUUGAGAAUAGAAGUACAUGUACUAAUUAUAAAAUACUUGCUCCCAGCUUUAUGCUUUUUUGCCAAUCAGCAACAACAAAAAUGAAGAAAAAAACUAGAUGGUUCAAUUGAUUCAAACAAAAGUGGCUGAUCAUGAACUACUAGUACAAAAAUAUUUUAGAAGUUAUAAAUAAUUUAUUUACAUAUGAUUAAUAGCAUGCUGAAAAUACUUGCCCAAUUCUUAUUGCCAAGCUAUGGGUGAUGCCCACCAUCUUUAAAGGCAAAUAAAGACCUGACUGGAAAAUUAAAGCCUUUAUGAAAAAAAAGUAAAAGACUUAAUACAUGUAUAACUUAAAUUACUUUUUACUUUCUUAUUUGCAUUGCUUAGAGCUUUAUGGGAAGUUUCAGCUUUUUUCUCAUUUCUGACAUCCAACUUCCUUUUUACACUGCUUGGGUCUUUUAGCAGUUUCUUUUUUCUCAUUUAAUUCUACAUAAACAACAUGAACAAUGAACAAAACAUACUUUUUUAAUCAAACAUGUCCAUUUUGACAUCAAACCUGCCAUUUGUGCAAUACAGUUCGUUUAUUUCAGUAUUAACAGAAUUUUAUAGUAUUGAAAAAUGUAUCUUUUUCUAAGAAAAGGUUAGAGUGGUUCUUUUUAUAAUAUUUUCAAUUUUGUAGUUGAUUGUGAGAUUUCUAAAUAUUAUUCAGUUAUUUUGAAAAUCUCACAAAUCUAUGUCAUUCAGAAGUAAAGCGACUACAUAAAUUAUUUACUAUUGUUGAAUACAAUGUACCAUUACUCUCAAAACUAAAACCAACUUUGUUGAAUAUGACAAUGUGUUGAAAGUAACAGAUAGAUCUAAGUUACAAAGAAUCUCUAGAAUUCAUCUACUGAAGGUUUAUCAUUUUAUAGCCAGAUAUAAAUUAGCUUGUAGUACAUUAAAUGUACCUGCUGGAUAAAAUCUUGAAUGUUGUGCCAAAUAUACAUAGCAUAUAUAUACUUACACAUUUAUUGAUGUGCAUGUUUUUAAACAUGUUAUCUUUUAAAACCUUUUAGAAUAAAAUUGUUUCAUUUUC